CCCCAUCAUCAACUCUUCUUAAUGGAGCAACAAAAUGCAGUGAUCAUACCGCCGCCGGCGAGCAGCGCAGCUGUUCCGCCAUCAAAAAAACAAGCUCUAAAAUCACUGGCUGAAGGCGGCGCUGGAGACGGAUCAAUUUUCCAACAACUCACAAGCAAUCCAUUUUUCACUGCAGGUUUCGGCCUUGCGGGAUUGGGUGCUGCGCUGAGAAUUGGACAACAAGGACUGAGGAGGGGAGGAGAGUUAUUGAAGAGGCGGAUGUUGGUUGAUCUUGAGAUUACUCGACAUGAUGAAUCUUAUCCGUGGGUCCUUAAUUGGAUGACACGGCAAUAUCAGAAGUCGCUCUCAGAAACUGCAGAGACCGUGAAGCCAGGAAUCAUGGAAGCUCUGAUCAGGCGUUUCACACCAGGCCUACACCAUCUUCAAAUCAAGACAGCAAGUCAGAAAACACCUGGCGGAGCAUCACACACACACUUCUCUCUGGUACCUGGACACGGAAAACAUAUUCUGAGGUUCAAAAACGCCUUCAUUGCUGUAGAUCGCCAGCGUGAGGGGAAAUCUUUCGACGCCCAAGGUCAACCUUUUGAAACCAUCAAGCUCACCACUCUCUACGCACACCGUCACAUCUUUGAAGACAUGUUCUCAGAAGCGCACUCUCUAUCUAUGCAGAGUAUUGAAGGAAAGACCAUGGUCUACACUUUGAGAAAUAUGCAAUGGAUGCCUCUGGGAGACGCCAAGCGCAAGCGACCAUUCGAUUCUGUUGUGUUGGAAGAAGGCAUGGCAGAAAUGAUCAGAGAUGAUGUACGCGAGUUCUUGAACGCUCGUACAUGGUAUCUCGACCGCGGAAUCCCUUACCGAAGAGGUUAUCUUCUUCACGGCCCUCCUGGUACUGGCAAGACGUCUUUCGUGCAAGCGCUUGCUGGAGAAUUGGACUUUAGCAUUGCUAUGCUCAGCUUGAGUCAGCGUGGUCUUACUGAUGAUUUGUUGAACCAUCUCAUGCUGAACUUGCCGCCUCGUACGUUCGUACUUCUGGAAGACGCAGACGCUGCGUUCAACAACCGCAGGCAGCGCGAUGAAGACGGCUUUAGUGGAGCCACAGUAACUUUCUCCGGUCUGCUCAACGCACUUGACGGUGUUGCAAGUGCAGAAGAGCGCAUCGCAUUCAUGACAACCAACCACAUCGAACGACUUGACGAUGCACUCAUCAGACCAGGCAGAGUAGACAUGACGCUCCGCCUAGGCGAGGCCACUCUAUGGCAAAUGGAGCAGAUGUGGGACAGAUUCUACGCUCCUCUCGAUCCCGAUGGCAGCAAGAAAACUCUUUUCCUCGAACGUGUUGAGCAGUAUGGUCUGAUCAACUCCGUCAGCACUGCUGCAGUGCAAGGUCUAUUCUUGUAUAACAAAGACGACCCCGAUGGCGCUGUGAAUAUGGUUGGACAACUGCUUAUGGCGAAAACACCCACCAUGGAGGUGCCCAAGAAGAACUAAAUUGUGUGUAUAGUAAAUUUGUACGAAUAUGAUUGUUGAUAUCCUCGU